AUGAGUGAAUCUACUUGUCCACAAACACAAGAAUCUACAGAAGAAACUUUCGAUAACAAAGGAAACACUCGAAGUGCAUCCGAUGAUUUUUUUGAAAAUAUAAAAUUAGCUCAAGAUUCCGUGAAUCAUAUUGAUGAUUACAUUUUAUAUGGUACAAACUCAUUUACAGAUUCAUAUAAAAAAGACAUUCAAGAUUUAAAGAAAAGAUUGAAAACUUAUACAUUAAAAAACUGGAAAAUAUCAUCUUUAAAAAUAACACCAUUAAAAUGUGCACUUCUUGGAUGGGUAUCCAUUUCUCCAGAUUAUAUUCAAUGUGAACAAUGUAAAAAAUGUAUUUCUUUAAAAUAUAUAAAUGGAGAAAAGAAAAAUUGUUUAACAUAUAAUGGUAAUAUACAAAUUCUUAAAAAAGAAUUAAAAUUAUUACAUAAAAAUUUUUGUCGUAAUCGACUUUUAUUUAAUUAUAAUCAAUUAGAAAAAUGCUACAAUAUGCUUACACAAUAUGAUAUAAAAGAAUGUGAAAAAUCUUUUAAUAAAUCUGAUAGUAUUACAUGGGAUAUAGUUAAAGAAGAUUUAAAAACAAAUGGUCUCGUUUCAGAUUAUUUAGCUCAACAUGGCUAUUACUAUGAAAAACAAUAUGUCAAAUGUACAAAGUGUUUUUAUGAAAUUCACGAAAGUAGAAAAAACUUUAUUAAUCCAAAAGUUCAUCAUAAAAAGGAAUCAAAGAAAAAUCCUAUUCUUACAAUAAACCGUCUUGAAGUUCUUAUAAAAGAAUUAAAGGAUGAUACACUAAAAGCAAUUGAAGAAAAAAAUACUACAAAACCAAAAGAAAAAUUUAACAGUAAAAUUUUGAUUGAUUAG